AUGGCUCCUCCAGCGGACUAUUACAAGGUUCUAGAAGUCGACUCGAAAGCGACUCAGCAGCAAAUCCGCGAUGCCUACAAGAAAGCAGCACUAAAACACCACCCCGACCGCGUUCCCUCUGACUCCCCUGAACGCGCAAGUCGCACGAAACGCUUCCAACAGAUCAACGACGCCUACUACACGUUAUCGGACCCCACACGCCGUCGCGAUUACGACGCCGCACGCACCUACAACAGCUUCACAGGCAGCACCGCAACAUCAGACUCUGACUUUGACGAAGAAGUUCCCAACAAUGCAGGCGCAGGAGGUGCAGGUUUCGCCCAAGGCUUCCCAUGGUCCGCAUUCGGCUUCGGCAGCGCCCCAGCUGGCAACACAGAGGAGUCGCACAACCGCUUCUCUGAAGAACAAUUCGGCGGCAUCUUCGAGGAGAUGCUACGGGAAGAGGGUAUGGCGGAUCAGGAUGCGCAUCCUACAGGCAAGUUCUGGAGCAUUGUGGGCGGACUGAGUGGAGGUGCUAUGGGCUUUAUCGUGGCAAAUUUCCCUGGCAUGGUCGCCGGUGCUGUUGCUGGAAAUAGGUUGGGGGCUGUGAGGGAUACCAAGGGGAAGAGUGUUUAUGCUGUUUUCCAGGAGAUGCCGCAGGCGGACAAGGCUAGGUUGUUGAGUGGGUUGGCGGCGAAGGUUUUUGCUAACGUGGUAUCUGGUUAA